UAAGGCGGUCCACAGACAGCAGAGACCUACCACGUUUUGUGUAAUGCACAUCUACAGAGGCUGAACUAGUAGCGAAGCGUGCAAUACGUUUUACUAGUCUGCUGGUGUUUUACAUCCCAUCUGCUGGACGUGCUUAAAAGCCAUGGCCGAACCGAUACGUGCUUUGUGCGAUGAGCUUACAAAGGCUGUGAAUGUGAUGAUGGAGGCAGAAUCCAGUCAGACAUACCGCCUGGAGGCCCUUAAGUUUAUUGAAGAUUUCAAAGAGAAAAGCCCCUUCUGCGUUGAAUGUGGUCUUCAGUUAGCGGAGAAAUCCCAGACUGCAGUGGUCAGACACUUUGGGCUGCAGAUACUGGAGCAUGUAGUCAAGUUUCGGUGGAAUAACAUGGCUCCACAAGAAAAGCUCCAGCUGAAGAACUGCACUAUGGGCCUGUUGUCAGAUGGUACACAUCCAAUUCUGCAAGAGGAAUGUCAUGUUAAGGAUGCGCUCUCACGCAUAGUAGUUGAGAUGAUCAAGAGAGAGUGGCCGCAGCACUGGCCUGACAUGCUGAAGGAGAUGGAGGCUCUGACUGCUAUGGGGGAUGCUCAGACAGAACUCGUAAUGCUUGUACUGCUGCGGUUAGCUGAGGACGUGAUCACAUUUCAGACAUUACCCACUCAAAGACGACGAGAUAUCCAGCACACCCUUACGCAGAAUAUGGACAGCAUCUUCACCUUCCUGCUUGGCAUUCUGCAGCUUCAUGUGAAUGAAUACAACAAGUUGAAAUGCGUUGCUGGUCUGGAAUUGAAGACAAAAGCUCACUGGCGAGUUGGUGUGACCACUCUCAACACUCUGGCUGGCUACAUCGAUUGGGUUGCUCUGAGCCACAUCACCAAUGAAAACUGCCGUCUUUUGGAGAUCUUGUGCCUGUUGCUGAGCGAACCUGAUCUUCAGUUGGAGGCUGCAGAGUGUCUGCUAAUUGCCAUUAGUAGAAAAGGAAAGUUAGAGGAGAGGAAGCCAUUUAUGGUACUCUUUGAUGAAGUCGCCAUGAACUACAUCCUGUCUGCUGCACAGUCGGCAGAUGGUGCAGCUCUGUGUAAACAAUCAUCAGGUGCCGUUGUGGAAAGAAGAUACACAUUUUUGAAGAGGCUGUGUCAGGUUCUCUGUGCCCUGGGUAGCCAAAUCUGCUCUCUAGUGGGUUCAGAUGUUGAAGUGCAAGUUCCUGUUAACCUGAAUAAAUAUAUGGAAGCUCUUCUUGCCUUCACUACUCAUCCCAGCCAGUUUCUAAGGUCGUCCACACAAAUGACCUGGGGAAACCUAUUCCGACAUGAAAUUUUAUCAAAGGAUCCUGUAAUUGGCCAAAUGGCCAUAAAAUAUUUAAGAGUGGCAAAGAUCAAUCUUGUGAAAACUGGAUUUCCCUCCAAGAAUGAUUGUCCAGGUUGUGAAUUCUCCAGAGUGGACUUUGAUAGUGAUGAAGAUUUCAACUGCCUCUUUAAUUCUUUCAGGGCUCAGCAGGGGGAAACAGUUCGUCUGGCUUGUAAAAUUGUCCCGUUUGAGGCCUUUCAAAUUGCAAGGGAGUGGGCGCAGCAUCAGAUCAACUCACCUAUAGAUACUGGGAAUUCAACACCUAAGACAGAAAAGGGUCUCUGUUCUGCUUUGUCCCCUUCAGCGGUUCAGUGGGAUGCCAUGACUUUCUUCACUGAAAGUGUAUUUGGACAGCUCUUCAAAAUCCUCGAAAAAGAGAAACUUCCCAUAGAUGAGGGCAUGGAGCUGCUGCAGAUGGUUGUAAACUAUGAGACAAGAGAUCCUCUCAUUCUGUCCUGUGUUCUUACCAUCAUAUCCACUCUGUUUCCCUUCGUCAAACACCAACCUCACUUCCUGCCUCAAGUACUCUAUAAGAUAUUUCCUGCUAUCACGUUUGAAUUGGUUGAAGAACGCAAGGCACCUCGAACGCGAGCUGUUAAGAACGUCAGAAGACAUGCCUGUUCCUCCAUCAUUAGGAUGUGUCGAGAUUAUUCAGACUUCAUUCUGCCGUGCUUUGACAUGAUGUAUGAGCAUGUGAAGAACUUGUUCUCCAAUGAGAUGCUGCUGACACAAAUGGAGAAGUGUGCUCUUAUAGAAGCCCUGAUACUGAUCAGCAAUCAGUUUAAAGAUUAUAACAAGCAGAAAGCCUUCCUGGAGGAACUCAUGGCACCUGUUACUGCACAGUGGCUGUCAGAGGAGAUGAGGAGCGUUUUAUGGAACCCUGCUACCUUCUUGGCAUAUGUUGGUGCUGAUCAGGUGAUCAGUGACCCUGACACAGAGGACCAGAUGGGUAUCAACAGGUCACGGAUUAGUUUUUGUGUGUACACCAUGCUUGGGGUUGUGAAGCGUGCUCGUUGGCCUGCUGAUCCUGAGGAGGCAAAAGCAGGCGGAUUUGUGGUCAGCACUACCUCUGAUGGGACCCCCAUCUACAGAAACCCUUGUGCAGAGCCCCUGCAGGCCCUGCUGCCCAACCUUUUGGCCCUCAUCAGGACCCACAACAGCUUGUUCUUGCCAGAGAACGUCAACCGGCUUAGCAAGACCUUUACCAGAGUUUAUGAUAUUAUGGAUAUGGAGAAGAAUUCUGUUUUAGGAAUUCCUCAACCAGUUUUAGAUUCCUACGACUCUCCAGUGUACAGAAACAUUGUUGAACGCAUGCAAGGCUUCUUCUCUUCACUCUACGAAAACUGUUACCAAGUGCUUGGGAAUGCUGGUCCCUGCUUGCAACAAGACUUUUAUGCAAUAGAAGGCUUGGCUGAGCAGAUCGUUGGUUCUGCCUUCAUCCAUCUAGACAGUGUUCCAGACCACAGGCUUCGUCCCCUAGUCCGUCUGUUCAUGAAGCAGCUGGUCAUGUCCUGUCCUCAUGAGUACUAUGACAGCCUCCUCUGUCCUUUGCUGGGUCCAUUAUUUGCCUAUCUACAGCAGAGACUGAGCUUUCGGUGGCAGGUCAUCAACCAAAGGACCAGUCUAUGUGCUCAGGAGGAGGAGGAGGCCUAUGAGGAGAACCAUGUGACUCAGGAAAUGGUGGAGGAGCAGCUGUUGCGGUUGGUCACGCGAGAGGUCAUUGACCUGCUAAGUGUGACUUGCAUUACAAGAAAAUGUCCAGAGCUAUCUGCAAACAAAGAGGACGCAGAUGGAGACGAGGAGAUGGUGUCGAUGGAUUCCUCACAGGGGGUUCAAAUGAAUACACCUACAGAUGAGCUCUCAGAAUUGGGCAAGUGCCUUCUCCGAAGUGAGGAUAUUUAUAUGAACCUCCUGACUAUAUGUUUUAACUCCCUUUCCUGGAAAGACACUAUAAACUGUCAACGGACUGCUGGUGUGCUCUGCUGGACUUUGCUAAAACAGGUGCUUGGUGGUAACCUGCUCCCGGAGGCUGUGACGUGGAUCUACACCAGUGUACUGAAGGGUCUGCAGAUGCAUGGACAACACGAAGGCUGCAAUGCUGCGCUAACUCAGCUGGCCUUUCUCAUCUACGAGUCUCUAAGGCCUCGAUAUGCUGAGCUGCGUUUCGUCAUGAAUCAGAUCCCUGAUAUCCAAGUUGAUGCCCUGGAGCAGUUUGAUCAGAAGGCCAUCCAACCCGCUGUAACAAAGGCAGGAGAGAAGAAAAAGAAAGAGCAGUUUAGACGGCUCAUUGCAGGCGCUGUCGGGAAACCCCUUGGACAGCAGUUCAAGAAGGAAGUACACAUCCGAAACCUUCCAUCUCUGUUUAAGAAGCCAAAGCCUACGAAAGAUGUGCUGGAGAACACUGAUUCUGCAGGUCUGAUCUCUCUAUUCUCUCCUGACCGUGACAAUUGCUGAGGGAACCACAGCUCCACGACACCCUCACUACUCUUGUGUGUAGUACAGUAUCCAGUCUGCAAGUCCUUUUUAUGGACAUGGAUGGUUUAUUGAAAUGAGGAAAUACAGCAAGGACAUUUGUGUUUUGUCAUUUGGGUGUACAUUGUUUCUCUUCUUUUGUAUGGAUCUAUGUAAUGGAUCUGUAUAAUUGUUAUUUAAAGAAUAAUAAAAUCUUGCUGUCGGAGCACCUCAUUCAAAAAAAAAAAAAAAAAACUUUAAAAAAAAAAGAUUGAGAAGUCUUGUUAAUUAUACAGUAUCAUAUCUGUUCUGGAGAUCUGAUGUGCAAAACCAGCAUCCAGCACUACAUUCCAAUAGGAGACAAUGAGCUAUUUUUAAAUAAAUAACAAACUCGACACUAAUUUGACAUGUCUGUGUACAGAUUAUGUAAAAAGUGUUGUGAUUUAUACUCUGCAGUUUUUAAUAAAUGUAUACCUGGACAGUU